CACCCAUAAUAACUCAUCCCUAACGAAAAAAGACUCACGCAACCACUUUCACUCAAAACACACGGAGAAGAACACCUCACCUCACCUGAGAGGGCAGUUUUUAAUCUCACCAUCUUCUCGCACGCUAAGAACAGAAAAUUGCAUCUCCUCUAUCACACUUCCCAAACUCUCAUUCAUUCGCAUCAAACCCUCCCAAUCACGACACAGAAAUCCCCAAGCUCUCCACAUCCAUUAUCAUCAAUCUUCAACCUCACGCCUCAACCCCCUGGGACCUCAUCUACCUCUCACCAGCCACAACCCGCACCAACCACACGUGCAGUUACACCACUGUCAACCUCCCCGGCGAGCCACCAGCGUCAGCCGCGUCUUCACCACCAGCUUCUUGAUGCAGCUUAAGCGCGCCUGAACAGUAGUUGGCAGACCAAAUCCAACUUAGGAUUUGGGCGUGAAAAAAUUGUCAGUAAUAAGUUUGAAAAUUGUUUGAAGUGCUUCAACAUCCCCACAAUGGAUAUGAAAUCGCUAUGUUUAGUAGCUGAUGGUAAUAUUUGAAAUCAAGUGUACAGCCACUAUAGGGAAUAGAGUAAGACUACUCACAAUGUGCAGCCGGAGGAUUAUCAUCAGUAAAAUGAUAUUUUGACAACAUUUGGCAAUGUGCAUGUGAGUCACAUGGCACGCGAAAUGGAAAAUGAUAAGUGAACUACCAAAAUUUGAAAACUUGUGCAUGUGACUCACAUGGCAAAAGAAAUAUAUACACUAAGCUUUGUAAAGCACUAACAAGCUCCAUUGCCAUGCCAUUUGUCUUCUCCCGCCAAUCCCAUUCCAGUUGCCACCUCUUCUGAUCUCUGAACUCGCAACUCCUUUUCUCUAAGCCAUAGCAAUACACAUCUAACUUUUCUUGCUGCCACUGUUCAUUAGAGGAAUCACACAAUCACAUUCACAAUCACACUCACAAUCACUGAAGGUCUAAAGACAGUUUUCCUAGCAAAACAUGAAUUCUUCGUCUUUGUGUUUGUUUUCUUCCGAAGUCGCAUGUCCUGCGAGUGAAGGCAUGCAAUACAAGAAUGUGAACUUUCUUCUGUCCAGAUCAUCUUUAAGGGUUUCUUGCUUCGUUAAGAAAGGUGGUGAUGUGGGGGCAUCCAAUGGCAAUGGAAAGAACAUCAACGCUUUGGUUUCUUGCCAAUUGAUGCACAACCACAAAGAGGAGUCGUUUAUUAGAAAGAGAAGGAUGCAGGUGCCUCUACAGAAGGCAGAUUUUGUGAGGACAUUGUUGAUAGACAACUAUGAUAGUUACACUUACAAUAUAUACCAGGAACUAUCUGUUAUUAAUGGUGUCCCGCCUGUGGUGAUCCAAAAUGAUGAGUGGACGUGGGAAGAACUUUACCAUUACUUGUACGAAGAGAAUGCUUUUGAUAACAUUGUAAUAUCACCUGGACCUGGUUCUCCAGCAUGCCCCGAAGAUAUAGGCAUUUGUCUUCAGGUGUUGCUUAAAUGCUGGGAUGUUCCUAUUCUUGGUGUUUGCCUUGGACACCAGGCAUUAGGUUAUGUGCACGGAGCUCAAAUAGUCCAUGCAUCCGAACCAAUCCAUGGUCGUUUGAGUGAAGUUGAGCACAAUGGCUGCCAGCUUUUUCGUGAUGUACCUUCUGGUAGAAAUUAUGGUUUCAAGGUGGUUCGAUAUCAUUCACUGGUUAUAGAUCUUGAAUCACUUCCUAAAGAGCUCAUUCCAAUAGCAUGGACCUCUUCCACUAGCACACUUCCAUUUAUUGGGUGCGAUGAUUUUGGCAAGUCCAACGUUCAUGAAGCUCAAAAAGUUGAAAGCAUUUUCGUCGACCCUGUUUUAGCUAUAGUUGAGAAUGGAAGUUCAAACCAUUUUGAUUAUGGAAGUACUAGAAGUACAAGAGUUCUUAUGGGAAUCCGGCAUUCUUCAAGACCACACUAUGGUGUGCAGUUUCAUCCAGAAAGUGUUGCAACCUGCUACGGAAGUCAAAUAUUCAAAAAUUUUAGAGAGAUUACAGAGGAUUAUUGGCUGAGAUUUAGGUCAUCUUUCAAGGAAAAACGUGCAUAUUCUAAUGCAUGCAUGCAGCUUUCAAACGUAAUAGAGGUUUGCAGUAGUAUUAGUGCAGAGAACAAUGCAGUGGAUCAGUUAAAAAAAAUAGUUCAUGCAGAGAGAGAUUUGGAAUAUAAUAAAACUGAGAUGAAGCAUUUAGAAAUGUUCAACAUGGUAAAUACUCAUCAUGCAACCACUGGUUAUAAAUGUUUGAAGUUGGAAUGGAGGAAAUUUGGUCACUUGGCUGGUCAAGUUGGUGGAGCAGAAAGUAUAUUUUGUGAGUUGUUUGGACAUGAAACUGAAAACACCUUUUGGUUGGAUAGUUCCUCCACAGAGAAGGAAAGAGCACGCUUUUCAUUUAUGGGAGGAAAAGGCGGACCGCUUUGGAAGCAGUUAACGUUCAGAUUGUCUCAUCAAAGUGAUGGGAGUUCAAAAGGCGGUGGUUAUUUGUCAUUGGAAGAUUGUCAAGGUUCUGCGGAAACGAUAUUUUUGAAAGAAGGUUUUCUUGAUUUUCUUAACAAGGAGCUUUUAUCAUAUCGUUAUGAUAAAAAUGAAUAUGAAGGCCUGCCAUUUGACUUUCACGGUGGAUAUGUUGGUUACAUUGGGUAUGACCUCAAAGUAGAAUGUGGUGUGAAAUCUAACCGUCACAAAUCUAAAACUCCAGACGCAUGUUUUUUCUUUGCUGAUAAUCUUGUGGUCGUUGACCACAAAAAUGACGAUGUUUACAUAUUGGCAAUACACGAAGAAAAUUCAAGUGUUACACAAUGGUUGGACGACACAGAGGAGAAACUUCUGAGCUUAGACGGCUCUGUGAAAAUGGCUUUGGAAAAACAGGACUCUCAUUAUUUAACACUUUCCUCAAACAAGGCGGGUUUUGCUGCUGAAAAAUCUAGAGAGCAGUACAUUGAGGAUGUUAAGAAGUGUCUAAACUACAUUAAAGAUGGAGAAAGCUAUGAGUUAUGCCUCACAACUCAGAUGAAGAAGCCAAUUAAGGAAUUAAAUUCUCUUGGGCUGUAUCUGCAUUUGAGAGAAAGGAAUCCAGCACCAUAUGCUGCUUGGCUUAAUUUUUCAAAGGAGGACCUGUGUAUUUGCUGUUCUUCUCCCGAGAGGUUCCUGCAGUUGGAUAGGAAGAAUACACUAGAAGCUAAGCCCAUCAAGGGUACGAUAGGUCGUGGUGCUACCAAAGAGGAAGAUGAACAACUCAAAUUAAAAUUGCAGUUCAGCGAAAAGGAUCAGGCUGAAAACCUGAUGAUUGUCGACCUUCUAAGGAAUGACCUUGGUCGUGUAUGUGAUCCUGGUUCUGUUCAUGUGCCGCGUCUCAUGGAUGUGGAAUCAUAUGCAACUGUUCACACAAUGGUGAGUACAAUUCGUGGGAAGAAGCGGUCAGAUGUCAGUGCUGUAGACUGCGUCAAAGCUGCAUUUCCCGGUGGUUCAAUGACAGGUGCACCUAAGUUAAGAUCAAUGGAAAUUCUUGAUUCUAUUGAGAGUUGUUCACGAGGUAUCUAUUCAGGCUGUAUUGGAUUUUUCUCGUACAACCAGACAUUUGAUCUAAAUAUUGUCAUAAGAACUGUCAUUCUACAUGAGAGUGAAGCCUCAAUAGGGGCUGGAGGGGCAAUUAUUGCUCUGUCAAACCCUGAAGACGAGUAUGAAGAGAUGGUCUUGAAAACAAGAGCCCCAUCAAGGGCUGUGAUGCAUUUUGAUUAGAGCUCAAUAGGUCCAACAAUAGCCUUUUCUUUAUUGGUCAAAGGUCAGAAAUAAUAAGAUUCAUUUCAUCCUAUUAAUCGUUAUACAUUCUCAUAGAAUCUUAAAGAAUGUUGUACUAUAGAAAGGUUUAAUUGUUUUUUGGGUUAGAAAUCCAUUGGUUUUCUUUUCAAACAGGAGGGUUCCUUUUCAGUUUUUAUAGAAAUAUAGAUGAAUUGUUAUAGCAAUAUUUGUGCAUAGAUGAAAUGGCCACAAUUUAGGCUGCUGGUUUGUAUUUGAGGUUUUUUCUUUUUUUUUGGUCAGGCAAUUUUGUUUCCAAAAUAAUUUGAGUUGAAUGAAUUGCCGGAGUUUUAUUGUAUUUCACUCAUUUGCCUAUGAAGUUGGUGACCUAUUGUUUAUUGA